AGGAACUGCAGAACCAAUCGAUGAGCUUGUCUGAAAGAAACAUUAGAUGUUAUAAACUGAGCUGAGACGCCAUUGCUGGGUGUUAGAUCUCUGUUGAAAAACUAACAGCUAUUUUGAAGGUUUUAACAAGAAGCAGCUGAAACAUUUGGUGAGUCUUGCUGUCGAAAUAAUUUGAUACAACAUGACUGAGAGACUUCUGGAAAGUUACCUGAGCUGCCAUGUUUGUACAGAGACUUUCAGAGAUCCUGUGUCUCUGAGCUGCAACCACAGCUUCUGUUCAAGCUGCCUGCAGAAAUUCUGGAAACAAAUUGGAAACAAGAACUGUCCCAUAUGUAAAAGAAGAUCUUCCAGGGACAUCAUAAUUGUUAAUUUCACUCUGAAGGAACUCUCUGAUUCUUUUGCUGGAAGACAAAAAAUGGGGCUAUCAGAGACAGAACAAGAAGAAAAGCAUCUGGUCUGCAGGAAACAUCAAGAAGACACUAAACUGUACUGUGAAGAUGAGCAGAGAACUGUGUGUCCUGUCUGUGAGUUUUCUCUCCACCAGAGACACAAAGUGGUUCCUAUAGAACAAGCAGUCAGUGAGCUGAAGGAGCAGCUGAAAUCUGACUUAAAGUCUCUGCAGGACAAGAGGAACAAACACAAACAAGUGGAGAAAACAUACGAUGAUGUGAUUCAACACUCCAAGAAGCAGGUGUUGUCCACAGAGAGACAGAUCAGAGCAGAGUUCAACAAGCUCCACCAGUUCCUGAGAGAGGAAGAGGAAUCCAGACUGGCAGCUCUGAGGGAGGAAGAGGAGCAGAAGAUGAAGACUAUCAUGAGAGAGAUGAAGAGGAUUGAGGAGCAGAUCUCCUGUCUGUCAGACAGCAUCUCUGCUGUUGAAGAAGAGCUGCAGACAGACAACGUGUCGUUCCUCAGCAGUUAUGAAGCCACUCAGAGCAGAGCCAGAGGUCAGAGGUCACUGCCAGAUCCACAGCUGGUCUCAGGAGCUCUGAUAGAUGUGGCCAAACACCUGGGCAACCUGUCCUUCAGAGUCUGGGAGAAGAUGAAGGUCAAGGUGAAGUUCAGUCCCGUCAUUCUGGACCCAAACACUGCUAAUGGAUGGAUCCAUCUGUCUGAUGACCUAACUAGUGUGACACAUGGAGACGCAGAGCAGCAGCUUCCUGAUAAUCCAGAGAGAAACACUAAAUACUGGAAUGUUUUUGGUUCUGAGGGCUUCAGCUCAGGGAAACACAGCUGGGAUGUGGAGGUGGGAGAUCAUCCUCGCUGGACUGUUGGUUUGGCUAAAGAGUCUGUUGACAGGAAGGGAGAAAGAUAUGCUACACCAAAAUAUGGAAUCUGGUGUUUACUGUUUUGUGAUGGAAAAUACACUUAUGGAGUUGGUAAGAGUCUCAGAGUGAAGAAAAGUCUCCAGAGGAUCAGAGUCCAGCUGGACUAUGACAUGGGGAAGGUUUCCUUCUACGACUCUGAAGACAUGACUCUCAUCUACAUUCACAGAGACACUUUCACUGAGAAACUCUUCCCAUUUUUCAGUGUUGGAAAAUUUGCUGAUGCUAAAACAUCUGAUCUCAAAAUCUGUCGGACCGAGAUUCCUUUUUAAAAUUCUUAAUGUUUUUGUUUGCAGUCAGACCAACUUUCUAAAUUAAGUCCUUAAUUAAAAUAUUUAACAAUUGGCAUGUUUUGUUAUUUAAAAUUAACAAUAGAAUCAGUUUUACUUCCUGAAAAGAGUUUUUACAUGUCUUUUAUCUUUAUUUUUAGUGAGAACAUGUCUGCUGAUAAAGAAACAUUGAAAUCAAAGUUUAUUAUUUGCGGUAUGAAAAAGUGCUGUCUUCAGAUUAUGUCUAUAAAUGUUCUGAAGUUGUUAUUUAUCUGCAGAUGAAGCUCAUAAAGUUUUGCAGAAAGGAUUUCCUGUAAAGGGUUUUGUGAAGCAAAACGUUCAGCUUUCAUGUCCCCACAGCACCACCUGCUGGAGACAAAUACACACAGCAGAGAUAAAUCACAUUUACUGAUCUGCAGUCUCAAAGUUUCAGUAUAUUUAAUAAAACAGAUAUGGUUCUGUGAGUUUUUCUCAGUC